CAGUUGGAUUCGAAUGUCUCCAAAUUCAACACCUAUAUAUAUAGAUGCCUCAAUGAGUAUAUUAUAUGCCAUUGCCACCAAAUUUGAAAUCGAAGGCGAAAAGGGUACAUUCAGGUACAACUUGAGCUUGUCCAAUGGAAGACCCUCGCAAAGGGAAGGAAGAGAAGGCAGGCAUGGAAGAAGUGCGUUAUCGGGGCGUUCGGAGGAGGCCAUGGGGGAAGUUUGCGUCGGAGAUAAGAGACCCUUCGAGGCAGGGUGCUCGUCAGUGGCUUGGUACAUUUGACACAGCAGAGGAAGCUGCAAGGGCUUACGAUAAGGCUGCUUUUAACCUAAGGGGCCAUCUUGCCAUACUCAACUUCCCCAAUGAGUACUAUUCUCGAGUCCUGGGAUCUCCUCCUUAUCCUCCGAGAUUCCAAGCAUCCGUUUCUUCUUCAUCGUCUUCUUCUGCUUCGGCUGCAGCUACUGCUAGUAGAGGAGCUGGUGGGAGCUUUGAGAGUGGAAGCAGCUCCUCUGCUGGACAAGGAAGGCAAGUGUUUGAGUUCGAGUAUUUGGAUGACAAGGUGUUGGAGGAUCUUCUUGAUUGGGAAGAGGAGAAACGUAAAUGAGAGCAAUUGCAUUGCUUUUUUUAGUCGAAGAAAUCAUGGCAUAACUCAUUUUUUUUUUUCAUCUUUCUUUUCUUUUCCCUUUCUUGAUGUUUGUUUUAUGCUACUGCUUAUGAAUCGAACAAGCUUUCCUUCUA